GUUAUCAAUCUCAAAUUCGAAACCCAUUUGAGCGAAGUGAAAAUUGAGAGAGGGUAACCGCCGGAAAAAUAAAAUAAUGGGUGUCACGGCGGAGAGAGCGGCGGCGGCGGCGGUGGUGAUGGCGAUGCUGCAGCAGGUGGCGAUGGCGGCGGUUUAUAAGGUGGGAGACGCCGCCGGCUGGACCAUCGCCGGCGGCGUCGAUUAUAAGCAGUGGGCCGCCACCAAGACUUUCGAGCCCGGCGACGUAAUCGUAUUCGAGUACAACGCCCAAUUUCACAACGUAAUGAGGGUGACGCAUAGCAUGUACAAAUCAUGCAAUGUCUCUAAGCCUUUAGAGACUCACUCCUCCGGCAACGACUCCAUAACCAUCAAAUCCAGAGGCCACCACUUCUUCCUCUGCGGCGUCCCGGGCCACUGCCAGGCUGGUCAGAAGCUCGACAUCAACGUCCUCCGCCUCUCCUCCCCCGCCGCAGCCCCCACUACCCCCUCCGCCUUGGCCUCUCCCUCCGUUCCUCUCGCCCGCACUCCCUCCGCCCCGUCCCCCAGCGCCAGCACCACCACUGCCUCUCAUCUGCAUCCCCUCAUCACUGCCUUGCUUUUUGCCUUCUGUGUUGCAGCUCUUGCUUAGACUAGAGGACCCUUGUUUUUUUUUUUUUUUUUUGCUUGUGGGUACAGACUACAGAGCCAAUUUUACUUGGCAGCUUCUUUUUG